ACCUACCAGGUGGUGGUGGGUGAGUACGACAUGGCCACUGGGGAGGGCCCUGAGCAGGCCAUCCCUGUCAACUCCGAUGACAUCUUCGUGCACCCCAAGUGGCUCAGCAUCUGCGCAGCCUCUGGGGGAGAUCUGCCCGAUAAGCUGCAGCAGGCAGAGCUGCCCGUGGUGGACUACGAGCACUGCACUCAGCCCGACUGGUGGGGAGCCCUGGCCAUCCGCCACACCAUGAUCUGCGCCGGCGGCGCUGAGAAGGCUGGAUGCAACCACGGCAUCGCCAGCUUCGUCUCCGCGCUCGGCUGCAACGCCGCCAAGAAACCAACCGUGUUCACCCGCGUGUCAGCCUUCGAGGACUGGAUCAGGGAG